AUGGCGUCGUUUUUCGGCACUUUCUCGAGCUCCUCUCCCUACCACCCCAACAACAGUGAUCUCCCGCUGACCAUCCGCGAGGCCUUCUCUGGGAUAUUUGGGUCCAUUUCUCUGGCGUGCUGGAUCUUCCUGCUCGUCCCGCAACUGAUUGAGAACUACCGCAACGGGUCCGCCGAAGCCAUCUCGCUGCUAUUCAUCUUCGUGUGGUUCCUGGGCGACAUUGCGAACCUCGCGGGCGCGCUGUGGGCGGGGCUCGUACCCGUGGUGGUUGCGAUCGGUGUGUACUUUUGCAUCGCGGACGGCGUCCUGAUCGGGCAGUGCCUAUACUACGGGAUCAUGAACAAGAGGAGGGAAGGCCGGGUAUUGCUCCGCAGAUCAUCUCUGCGCGCGUCGGCCUCGAGUAGUACCGGUGGUGGUGGUGGUGGUGUGAGGUCUACUACGGCCGACGGCGAGGCAAGUGGCCCCCCUGCGCCCAGCGGCGAGCGGCCGAGGCAGGGCAGUUCGGAGGAAGAACCACUCCUCAAGCGCACCCGCACGAAUAGCAUGACAAUCCCGGGGUCUAUGGAGAGACGGCGAAGCAGUGUCAGUCUGCGGCGCCGGCGGAGCAGCUUUGCCGCCCACCACCAGGACCAGCUUGCCAAGAUUCUCGAAGAGAGCGACGAGCCCGGCACAAGGCUCUGGUUCAGGAAUGCGAUGAGCGUGUUGGCUAUUGGGGUCGUGGGCGCCGCCGGGUGGGCGUUGGCAUACGAGUCUGGUGCCUGGAAGCCCUCCCCUACGUCAGACGGUUCUGGCUCAGAAGAGAUGGCGCCCGGCGCGCAGAUACUCGGCUAUCUCAGCGCGGUGGCUUACUUGGGUGCCAGGAUACCGCAGAUCAUCAAGAACGCAAGGGAUAGGAGUUGUGAGGGUCUCUCGCUCCUCUUCUUCAUCCUGUCGCUGAUGGGCAACGCUACUUACGGCGCCGGUAUCCUCUGCCACUCAACCGAACACAAGUACGUCGUGAAGAACUUGCCGUGGUUGAUCGGUAGUUUGGGAACAAUGAUCGAAGAUAUCACCAUCUUUAUACAAUUCCAUAUGUAUAAGGUACAAGAGGAGGAUAACUUAGGGCCCCCAGAACAUGCAGUAGUUUGA